AUGAAAAUCAAUAAUGAAAGUAACGUCGAUGUCAUUCGUCCGCUCGGUCUUCUUGAAAGAUAUUUUCAAAUAACUCAUGAUAUAGAACAUUAUUACAAUGUUGGUCUCUUGAUUCGUUACAAAGUUCCCUUAAAAUUUUCUCUCGUUUCUACACCAUCUACUCCAAUUCCUACCGAUACAAAAGAUGCAAUUUUAAAAAUUCUUUACCCAACACUUGAACGAAUGAUAUCAAAACAACAAGCAUUAGCGGUCGUAUUUGCAGAUUUAUACAGUUCAAAACCCCUAUUUAUUCGUCUUCGUGAAAUAGAUUUAAGCAGAAUAGUAAGAUUUGCAGUAGUAAAUGAUGAUAAAGAUAUUGAAAAAUUAUUGGAAGAAGAACAUAAUAAGAAAUUUGAUGUAGAGGAUCAAACAUCACCGUUAUGGAGAAUUGUUGUCGGAAUUAAAAGCGCGUGCAAUGAGCGAGAAAUCUCUAAUGAUUGGAAUUUGUUUUUUGGAAUAUUUUGGCAUCAUACUAUUGGAGAUGGAAGAAGUGCCCUAGUAAUGUAUACCUCAUUUCAUGAAUCUCUCUUGGAAAUAUUAAGUGAGAUUUCCGACUAUACUAAAGAACCUACAACUAAAAUCAAACUUCCAAAACAUUCUACAAUUCCACUUGGUAAACCGAUCGAAGAAUGUCUUGAAUUCAAAUUUACAUUAGCACAAACUGUUAAAGAAUUGCUUAAAUUUUACCUUUUGCCAACAUUUUUCGUGAAGAAACAAUUAAAAGGUUAUUGGUUAGGCGAUAAUCCUUCAUUUUCUUUUACAAAAAAUAACACCAAAACACUUUUUUACUCCAUCACAGCUGAAGAAUUAAAUACAUUACUCAGGUUAAGCAAACAACAUAAAACCACUAUUACUUCUAUCUUUAACAUUGCGUUAGUUUUCUCCGCCUAUCAUCAUUUAAUACUUGGUAGCAAUCAAGAUGAUAACAAUUUAUCAAAAAACGCGCGGGAGCUAGCCCCGUUCGAUGCUAUUAAAUUGGCCACUUGUAUUAACUUAAGACCGUACACGACACCAUUGACACCUUGGACUCAAAUGGGUGUUUAUAUAUCUGGAAGUGAAUCAAUAUAUAAAUAUCCUAUAUCUAAGAUUACAGAUGAUAAUAAUUAUCCACAACUAGAUUUUUGGAAGAUGUGUAAAGAAUUUAGAAGUGAUUUGAUAAACAAUGGUAUUCCACAUGCCAUCAAUUUUCUAGGAAAUUUGAAUUUGCUUCCAAAUGAAAGUCAAAAAUAUAAAGAUGUUUUAAGGAAUAAGGCCGAUGAUAGAAUAAUGGGAAGAGAUUGUAGUAUGAUGGUUAGUAGUAUAGGAAAAUUUUCGGAAUUAACUUCAGGAAAUCCUUCCGCUAAUGAAUGGAAGGUUAAUGAUUUGAUAUUUUGUCAAUCAUCCGUUACCAUGUAUUCGGCAUUUACUAUCAACGUUAUAAGUUUUGAAGAUAAACUAACCUUUACUAUUUGCUAUCAAGACGGCGUUGCAAAUCAUAACAAAGUUGAGAAAUUUGGUGAAGGAACUGUUAAAUGUUUAAAAAAACUUGUUCAAAAUGAAAAUGUAUCUUUACAAGACUUAGCUUAA